GUUCUCGGUCUCUGUCUUCGUCUUCCUCUUAUUUCUCUCUUUUGUUUCCUUUCUCUCUUUCUUUCUUCUAUUUCUUUGAUCUUGUUUGUUUGUUUUUGUUCUGGUCUGUUUGUUUCUGUACUGUACAAUCCUUCUUCCAUUCUCAAUCUGUCUUGUCUUCUUGCAUCUCAUUUGUAGCUCCUAUUUCUUUUCAUAUCUCUUUAUUUUGGCGCAUUUCAGUUUAAUCAUAUUUCUCGCUUGAUUGUAUCAUACUCCUCUCGGUCAUAUCAUAUUUGGGUCGGCAUUUCAAAACACAUCGCAUCAGGAAGCAGUCAUGUCAUCUACGAAUCCCGUGGCUCCGGCCUUUGUCCCGCGCCAUCGUCCGCCUCCUAUCCAAGUCGACUCCGAGCAGCAACAGCAGCAGCAACAGCAGCAGCAGCAGAAGAACGAAGGUGUCUCAUUCUCAGCGUCUCCAGGCUUUCAGAAACGCAACAACGGGCGGUCGCAGGACGGAUACCAGCGGCCACCGCGGACGCCAUUCCCUCCUGGUGUGAACGGCACAGGACCGGCUGUGGGCGCGAAAACCGGAAACCAGUCAUACCGUCACUACUCUCCGCAGCGGCAGCAGCAGUUUGAUGGGCUGUCGCCUACGGCUGCUGUCUACACUGGUCCUGGCACGCCAGUCGCGUACACGGACGAGGCGACGACAGAUCCUCAGGUGUACGCCGCGCUUCAUGCUAAGCAGCAGGAAUUGUUGGCGACGAGCAUGUACAUUGCGCAGCAGCAGCAGAAAAUACAGGUGGCAAUGUACCAAAACGCCCAGCAGCAGCAACAGCAACAACAGCAGCAGCAGCAGACGUAUUAUGGUGGACAUCCGAUGCAGUACUAUCCCCAGACUCAGCCGUACAUGCAAGACCAGGACGGUAAUUACUGGUAUGUGCCGGCGGCGACGCAUACGCCGGAUGCGAUGCAGUACUCUGCGACAGCCUCUCCGGCGAGAAUGGGCUCGCCUGCUUCGUUCUACGGAGUCGGCAGCAGCGGUGCGGAGAGCCCUGGGAGCAACAAGCAGCAGCAGCAGCAAGGGAAGAAGAAAGGGCAUAGGAAGACCGCGAGUCUGUCGGGCGACAAGAGAACGCCAAGUCCGGCGCCCUACAACGUUGCGUUUGACGAGUACAAGGUUGUCGCAGGCUCGAAGGCGUCGCCGGCGGUCGGGGGCGGGAGCGGGGCGAAUGUGGCAGAGAAGCUUCCGACGCGUCAGCCGAUGAUUCCGAUCACGAUUGAGGAGCUGAAGAAGCCGGUGCACGCGGAUCUCAAUUUCUGGAAGGUCGGGGUGUCGAGGCUGGCUACGAAGGACGAGGGGAGGAAGGAACGGGGGAAGGUGUUGGUGGAGCUGCCCGAGGUUGAGUAUGAGGACGUGAGAGAGGCCUGGGGUCUGACCGCGAGCAGCAGCAGCGAGGCGGUGGAGGCAACAGCUGAGGCAACAUGAGGAGUAAGAAGGCAGAAAUGCAGUUGUUUUCUUUGCUUUUAUUGUGUUUUGUUUCUAGUUUACAUUUACGUCUAUUCUGAGCGGUUUGAGCGGCAUAAAUAGAAAUUACGAUUGCAUUCUGGACGAGCGUUGAGUCGGAGGGUCGGGGAAGAUCUUUUAGGCUGAAACAAGGCCGGUGGAGGAUGACGUACUUGGCUUGAGGGCAAUGCGCCGGUAAUGCAGCUACUGCAGCUAAGCCGUAGAGUUGAGAUUAGAUGGGAAGAUAGUGAAGGGAGUAGUAGAGGAGUAGUAGAUAUUAGUAGUGAAUACCAGCAUAUAUUCUCUUAUUCUAUUAUUCUCUUUAUAUCAUCUUCUCUUCCUAUUCUAUUUCCUCUUUAGGUUCUCCCUCUUCGGCUCUCUUAACGGCCG